ACGAAAUGUUCCGCCAUAUUUACAAGCGCCCUUGAUUACCUGCCCCCUAUAGGUACUCAGUAACGUAUUUUUAAAAUAUUUCUCAGGAAAACUAAUGCAUAUAUCUGCAAUCAGAAACUGACACGUGGCUCUUAUUGAACAAUAAGCAAUUAGGGAAAAAUAUCUAUAGACAUUUGUAUACAAUUACGUAUGACGCACUUCGGUGACAACCACGCCUAUUAAGCCUCCGGCUCAGGUAUAAAUCGUCACAAGUCGUGUCUUAUACACAAUCGCACUAAAUGUUUAAACAACUAUUAUAAGUGAUACAUCACAGCUAAUAUAUUUAUUAAUCUACCAACAAAAUAUUUAAAAUUAUAACAAUAAAAAAAAAAAAUUACUAGUUUUUUUUUCAUCUAAAGAAUUUAAUUAACUUGAGUGCAAAAAUCCAUUGAUAUAUUUUUAUUUAAAUCCGAAUGUCAACGUUCCUGAUUUGAUAACCAUUAAUUAUAAAAUUACUUCUUGCUUAUUAAUUUUAUAAUCACUUGUCAAUUAUCUUUAUCAGCUCGUAUGAUUUAUAAAUAGUAGUAAAUGUGAACACAGUGUUAAGUGAUGUUUAAGAAACCGCGUAUUUUUUUUAAAAUUAAUAUAAAUGUAUAUAUUUGUAUGUGUACAUACAAUAUAUAUAAUAUAUAGACAUGUGUAUACAUAAAAACAGAUUGUCGGUUUCUGAAUAGCCAGUAACGAUAACGACACUCAGUGUCCGCGUUUCAUUUGAAACGGCUGGAUGUGCGUUCGAGACAAGGCCGUGUUUAUAAUUAUAAAUUAUCACGUUUUAAAUUAUCAUUAUAACAUAAUUAAUUGAAUUGUUAAAUAUUACUACAUAGUUGAUACAAUAAUUACCUGUACGAUAGUACUUAAAAUGGACGUUGUCACAGCUAAAUCCACGGUCAAGGAUGAAUUAGGAGGAACAAGAGCUGCAAGAUGGAGGAACUUCAUAGCAUUUUGGCUGAUUGGACUUUGCAAUAAUUAUGGAUACGUUGUAAUGUUGAGUGCAGCUCAUGAUAUUCUAAAAGAAAAAUUUUCCUCACCUGAGACAUCGGCAACGACAAAUGAUAUGACGGUCGACAACCCACGUGGAUGCAAUGAAAUAUCGACAGGUGCUAUAUUAUUAGCUGAUAUACUUCCCUGUCUGUUAAUAAAACUCACGGUACCGUUUUUACCGUUUUAUGUUAAUGUGCGAGUGGCGAUAUGUGUGAUAUCACAGAUACUGGGCUUUCUUGCUGUUGCCUUCGGCACAACACCAUGGAUAACUAUCAUGGGGGUUAUAUUGACUUCAUGUUCUUCAGGCCUUGGAGAAAUUACUAUACUUAGUCAUAGUUAUAAAUAUGGAAGAACAAGUAUAGCAGCAUGGUCAUCAGGAACUGGAGGUGCAGGAGUAGCUGGUGCCUUUUCUUACGCUGGCUUCAGGCUAAUAAUGACUACAGAAACAACAUUACUUGUAAUGUUGGUGGUACCUGUUACAGAAGCUAUUGCUUUCUGGUUAAUAAUGACUCGGCCAAAUGAAAAAUCAGUUCUUAAAUACGGAAUCAGCAGUCAAGAUGAAAUCAUCAAAGUACCGAAAAAAACAAUAAAAGAAAAAUUAUCACUAGUACCUGGUUUGAUGCCUUAUCUAAUCCCAUUGUUUCUUGUUUAUUUGUUUGAGUACUAUAUAAAUCAAGGAUUGCAUGAACUUAUACAAUUUGACGGUAUUUGGUUAAAUCACGCUGAACAAUACAGAUGGUACCAAGUUGAUUAUCAAAUUGGAGUUUUCAUUUCACGGUCAUCCGCAACAUUUUUCACUUUCAACAAAAUUUGGCUUAUGGCUCUCUUUCAAUUUAUUAAUAUCGUAAUAUUCACAACCGAGUCAAUACUUUUUUACAUUCCAAGUAUUUGGAUUGUUUUUGUUAUUACAUUUUGGGAGGGCCUUCUCGGUGGCGCAUCAUAUGUCAAUACCUUUUAUAAUAUGGGAGAAACGAUUCCAGAUAAAGAUUUGAAAGAUUCAUUGGGAAUCGUAUCAAUGGCUGAUUCGCUUGGAAUAGCAAUCGCCGGUGGAAUUGCUCUGCCAGUUCAUAAAGCAAUUUGUAGGCUUCCACGACCACAAUAUUAGGUUAGAUAAUUGUAAAUUUUUAUUAGGAAAAAUUCAUUAGGUUUUUUAUACCAAAUAUUUAAUAAGAAAAUUCUUUAUAACAUGGAGAGAAUUUCAUAAUAAAAUUUAGAUAGAAAUGACAGUAUAGUCGAAACUCCGAAAUAGGAGACAUUUCUCGAAAGUUUGUACAAAUUUAGUUCUUGCUCAUUAAUUAAAAUUAUAAGAGUAAUACGAAAUGGUGUAAAAAAAUAAGAUUACAGUGUUUAAAUUAUACGGAUAAAUAAUUUACACCUAGGAUUUUUUACUCCGUUAUUUUACACUACACGACCGUGUAAAGUUCUCGGGAGCCAUUUUCACAUCAAAAUUUUAUACAGUGUAGAGCUUGGACAACUAGCGCCAGUGGGA